CUGACAACCACAUUCAUGACGUCACACAAUGAUGGCGCAGAUUUUUGUAGGAUGAGUUGAAAACAAAGCAGGAAUGAUGGAAGCUGGGCGCGGAGUUGAAGAAGCUUUCGAAGAAAUCUUUGGGAAAAUCAAAGAUCUUAGAUUUGAAGCAGUAGAGAGGAAAGGACACCAAAAUGGAUGUAAACGAGAAAGCAGAAAUCACCUUAGACCUUUAAAAAGCGAAAAUUUAGUUGACGUAGCCUUACAUAAAACAAGAAAAACUGGACCGAAAUCUUUGCUAAAGGAGAGCAAGCUUAAAGUACCUGUAAAAAUGUUACCUGAAAUAUCUAAAAAGAGAACCAUCAAAAGAACUUCUGUUACUGACAAAGAGCCAGAGAAAAGUCUGGAAGAAUCUGGUGGCUCAAAUAUAAAAGGAAAAACCAUUCAUAGAUCCUGUAGCAUGGAGUUUAGGAAUGGGUCUGCUUGCAGUCCAGAGGAUUACUACGACACUGAAUCGAGUGAUUUGGCUGACUAUUUGGAACAGGUUUUGUCUUUGCCAAAACCAAUGUCUGCCAUGGCUGAAAUGAUGUAUGGAUAACAGAAGGAUGCACCCAAAGUAUAUACAGCAAAGUAUCUCGUACGAAAAAUCUUGUGUUGCAUUGCGUUACAAACAAAAACUUGUUUGGAGAUUAUUAUGUAUGAUGAAUUACCCCGUGUGUUUUCUUUAUUUGCUAUGUAAAAAGCUACAACUUUAACUUGUAAUAUGCUAAUGAAAUCUUGAAAUUCUUGACUGUUACGGUAUUGAAUUUUUUAUUUCCAUUCUCAUUGCUGUUGAAAAUAUUAAAUAUAGAGACUGUGCGAGACAAGAGACAGCGUCGGAAGUCGUUCCCUUAUUGUGCAAAGAGAAAUCACACAAGGCAUCAAGUCAGAUAACUUUAUAUUCCCGUUUUAGUCCUGGUUGCACUAAGAAAAUAUUUUAGCAGCUCAAUGUUUAGACUGUUUUUGUUUAGAUUUCAAUUUCCUUUCCCCUACUUUAAUGUUGAUAUCUCUGCUAUUAAAGUUCAUAUACGCCAACUUUAAAUGGGGUAGGUUGUGAGUAUUGGACUAUAGAUGCAUCCCUAUCCGACACGGGCUAUGGGGUUUGUCUCAACAGCUGUGUCCAAGAUUGUAGCUUGAUAGAACAUUCAUCCCCGUGCUUUUUUCAACAGUGGGG